AUGAUGUUUCAUACGUGUUUAAAGUCUAUCAUCUUCUUCAGUAUAUUAUUAUUUGCUUCAUUAUUAUCAUUAUGUAUAUUAUAUCCUAUUCUUUGGCUAUUAAUCACUAGAGAAACACGUUUAAAUCCAGGAUCAACUAUAUACACUGAAUGGUCAGAACCUUCAAUACCUAUUUAUAUACAAUUUUAUUUUUUUAAUUUAACAAAUCCAAUUGAAUUUCAAUCUGGUCAUAAACCUCAUCUUAAACAAUUAGGACCAUAUACAUAUCUUGAAAAACGUAUGAAAUUCAAUAUUACACAAAUAAAUGAAACAAUUACUUAUCAAGAAAUAAAAUGGUAUUAUUUUGUUCCAAAUUUAUCAAAUGGUACAGAAAAUGAUAUGAUUACAACUAUAAAUCUUGCUUAUAUAACCAUAGCAACUAAAUUCAAUGAGUUGCCAUGGUUACUAAGUAGAAUUAUUGAAGAAAUUGAAAAACAUUUUCAUGAAUAUUUAUUCAUUAAAAAACCUAUAAAACAAUUAUUAUGGGGUUAUAAUGAUGAAUUAUUAACAUUUAUAUCAAAUUAUUUUAUGAAUAUCACAACAACUAUUGGUUUAUUCAUUAAUAAGAAUAAUACAUUCAGUGAUUCUAUUACAAUUAAUAAUGGUUUAUAUAAUCAUAAACUGAUUGGUGAAAUUAUCAAAUAUAAUGGAAAGGAUAAAUUAUCUUAUUGGAAAACAUCUACAGCGAAUAUGAUUAAUGGUAGUGAUGGUUCAUUAUUUCAUACCUUUUUAACUAUAAAUGAUAAUCCUUAUAUAUUUGCAUCAGAUAUAUGUCGUUCUAUACAAUUUACUAUAGAUUCUAUAGUGAAAUUCAAUCAUUUACCAGUUUUCAAAUUUAUUCCCAUGUUAGAUACAUUUAAAUCACCGAAAUAUUAUGAAAAAAAUAAAGGAUUUUGUUUAGAUUGGCCUAAUUGUUAUGAUGAUGGUGUAUUAGAUAUGUCAUCAUGUCAACCUGGUAUACCAAUUGCUGUAUCACAACCACAUUUUCUUAAUGCUAAUCAAUCCUAUCAGAAUGCUAUUGAUGGAUUAUAUCCAACAGAUGAGCUCAAUACAAUGAUUUAUAUAGAACCAAAUACUGGUUAUGUCAUUAAAGCGGAAAAAAAACUUCAAAUGAAUAUCUUUAUUAAAAAUAAUCAAAAUUUUCAACAACUUGAAAAUAUUUCCAACAUUUUAUUACCAAUUAUGUUUAUUAAUGAAUCGAUUGAAUUAAAUCAUACAGUAAUCAAUCAAUUACAUAAUAUAUUAAUACAAAACCCAUACAUAGCAACAAUUAUAUUAUUGAUUAUGAUUACAUCAUUUAUAUUGAUUAUAGGUUUUAUUAUUUUAUUAUAUUUUUAUCAAACUAAUAGAAAUCCCCCUGUGUAUACACGAUAUAUUAAUGAUGAAGAUAAUAAUAAUAAUAAUCAGGAAUAUGUACAAACGAAUAGUACUUCUGUAGAGAAUAUACAAAGUAAACAAGAAGAGGAAAAAGAAGAAGAAGAAGAAGAAGAAGAAGAAGAAGGAGAAGAAGAAGAAGGAGAACAACAGCGACAACGAGAAGAGGAACGAAUAAUAAUAGCGAAUAAUCAACAAAAUCCUGUAGUUUAA